UUUAUAGAACAGAACUUGAGAAUUUGAGAUCUGAGAACUGAGUGGACCUUUAGAAUUAUUGGACAUUUGGAGCGACCUUUUUUUCUUCAAUUUAUUCUCUCUUUUUCUCUUUCUCUUCGUCUCUAAUUUGUUCCAUUUACUGUGCUUCAACUUUCAUCUUUUUUUCUCAUUCUUACUCUCUCCUUUUCUCUCCCUCUCUCUCUCUCUCUAUUUUUCUCUCUUUCUCCUUCUCUCUCCCUCUUCGUGUUUACUUCUCUCUUUUCAUCAUUUAAAUUCUUUUCUUUCUUUCUCAUGAAUUUUAUCUAACACCAUUCACAUCUCACCAUAUCACAAUUUCUAAUUAUCAUUGAAUAAUUGUUGUUUCUUACUGUUUUUUUCUAUCAAUCUCUUUCUCUCUUUAAAUUUCUCUGUCUGUAUUUUCUUUUUCUCUUUCUCUUAUAUUCUCUUUUUUUCUGAUCCGUUUUUUUCUCUUAUUCUCACAUCUCUCUCUUUUCUGUCUUUUUCUUUUUCUCCUUCUUUCUUCAUCUUCUUUUUACCUUUCAUUUUGUUUACCUUUUUCUCGGUGUUACUUCAACAACAAUAAUCUAUUGUAGUUAAUUAUGUCUAAUAUGGAAUCAGAUCCUGAAAUACUUUACAACGAGUCAGAAGAGGAGGAAGAGGAGGACGAAGAUGACUCUGGAAAUGAAUCAAGUGGUGGAGAUGAUGAUGAUGGUUUAUCGGUUGCUCUACUUGACUCUGAGCCUGUUGUUUCUGCUAACAUGUCCGGUGGUGAUCGUAUGGAGGAUGAUGAUUUUCCAUUUGAAGUAUUAACUACUGAACAAAUUAUGCAACAUAUGCAAGACUGUAUACGAGAAGUUAACAAUGUAGUACAACUUCCACCAACCAUAACCCGAAUUCUUCUAAAUCACUUCAAAUGGGACAAGGAGAAACUCUAUGAAAGAUAUUAUGACGAGGAUAGAAAGGUUCUAUUUAGUGAAGCUCAUAUCAUAGACCCGGCUGAUGCCUACAACAAUCAACAAAUUAAGAAACUCUCGUAUUCCCAUGAAAUGGAAACUUGUAUAAUAUGUUGUCGAGACUUUCCAGCAUCAAUGUUAACUGGCCUUGCUUGUGGUCAUAGAUUCUGUAAAGAUUGUUGGAAUCAUUAUUUAACAACCAAAAUUAUGGAAGAAGGAAUGGGAAACAAGAUUUCUUGUGCAGCUCAUGCCUGUGACAUUCUUGUCGACGACCAAACAGUCAUGAAUCUCAUUACUGAUAAUAAAGUUAAACUGAGAUACCAACACUUAAUAACUAACAGUUUUGUCGAAUGCAAUAGAUUGUUAAGGUGGUGUCCAAAGCCAGAAUGUAGCCACAGUAUAAAAGUUCAAUAUAUAGAUUUUCAGCCAGUUAAAUGUACAUGUGGAACUAUUUUCUGUUUCCUGUGUGGUGAAAAUUGGCAUGAGCCGGUCAAAUGUGAUCUUCUUAAACUUUGGAGGAAAAAGUGUGAUGACGAUAGUGAAACAUCCAAUUGGAUAGCAGCCAAUACGAAAGAGUGUCCUCAGUGUAAUGUAACCAUAGAAAAGGAUGGUGGUUGUAACCAUAUGAUUUGUAAGAAUCAAAACUGUAAAGCCGAUUUCUGUUGGCAAUGCCUUGGACCCUGGGAGCCACAUGGAACCUCUUGGUAUAGCUGUAAUCGUUAUGAUGAGCACGAAGCGAAAGCAGCACGUGAUGCCCAAGAAAAGUCUCGAGCUGCUCUUCAACGGUACCUUUUCUAUUGUAAUCGUUACAUGAACCAUAUGCAAAGUUUAAAAUUCGAGCAUAAACUUUACGCUUCCAUAAAGGAGAAAAUGGAGGAGAUGCAACAACACAAUAUGUCCUGGAUCGAAGUACAAUUUCUCAAAAAGGCUGUUGAUGUUUUAUGUUUGUGUCGAGAGACUUUGAUGUACACUUACGUUUUCGCUUACUAUCUGGUUAAAAAUAAUCAAUCAAUUAUUUUUGAAGAUAAUCAGAAAGAUUUGGAAAGUGCCACUGAAACAUUAUCUGAAUACCUUGAACGAGAUAUAACAAAGGACAAUAUUGUUGAUAUCAAGCAAAGAGUCCAAGAUAAAUACAGGUACUGCGAUAGUCGAAGAAAAGUUUUAUUGCAACACGUUCAUGAAGGAUAUGAUAAAGACCUUUGGGAAUAUUCUGUUAAACUAUGACCUUUCAUAUCGUAAUUAUGACCCCUGGGUGGACACAGUUUGCGGCAACAGUUAAAUUGCUUGGAACUGGAGUGUUUACAAAAAGAUGAAAAGAAGAUAAUUCUACAACUAAAUUCCUAUUGACAACUAAAGAAGUGAAACAAUUUUGUAAAAAUUAUUGCGCGACUUAUAUACAUAUAAAAUACCAACUCAAUCACGAAACUCCCUUCCCCCAACCCAAUCAACUAUGCCAACAAUUAACCAGUAAUUAAAGAGUUGGCUCAAUUUUCUUUGGAGGAGAUCAGAUGAUAAGAGACAUUCAACAACAACAAAUCAUUAAGAGCAAUCAAGACAAAAGAGCAUUUUUUGGAUUACUCCCUUUUCCCUUUUCGAUAUUAUUUUUUUCCGUUCUCAGUGAUGGGAAAUCAGAAAUCCCGUUUCUAGAGUUUAAAUUAUGUUUCGCUGUUAUAUUGUAACCCGUUGAAUUAACACUUAAUCACCAAAAAUA